UAUCACUUACUCCAACUGUCAAUGUCACUAAAAGCAAAACAUAAAAUUUAAUUUGAAUGUGUAUUUCGCGCCCGGUGUCACACAGUGAGGGAAUAAUCAAUUGUUGUUAAUAAGAGUGGAGUUAUUUAUAUUUAUACAACAUUUAAUCUUGUAUGACAAUAUAUUAUUAAUUGGUUUCUAAAAGAAGCGGUGUUUAUUGUUUAGAAUAAAUGGCGAGACAGAUCGCUGAUGUUGAGAUUCAUGCGAGCGACACUCGAGACUUAGACGACGAUAAUCUCGAUGUUAGUGUCGACCUCAUUGACGAUGGUCUGUAUUUAGGUAACCUAGCAUGUGCAAGAGAUCACAAAACUCUGGAACAGCUGGGUGUGACUCAUAUCCUCACUGUUGACCUGGUGCCAUUGCCCAGGUCGAUAUUGGAUCAAACCAGUCUCAUCAUCAAAUAUAUUAAAUUGGCAGAUGUGCCAAAAGAAGACCUCAUCACUCACCUGCCAGAAUGUAAUGAUUUUAUUAAGGAUUCCAUAGCAAAUGGCGGAAAAGUUUUAGUACAUUGCUACUUUGGUGUGUCAAGGUCAGCGGCGGUGGUGAUUGGAUACAUCAUGGAGAAAUAUGGACUGUGCUAUGAAGAUGCCUUUGUACUGGUCAAGUCCAAGAGGAGGUUCAUCGGCCCUAACAACGGGUUUGUGGCUCAGCUCAAGCUGUUCGGACAUAUGGAGUACCGACUCAACAGAGACGACCCCAGGUAUAAGCAGUUCAGGUUGAAAAUGGCUGGGCAGAAAUUGAAACAAGUCAAAAUUCUGCCGCAGUGCUUCGCAGACUUGAUAAAACCAGAUCCGGGAUUGAUAAGGGAGCGGCCGGACCCAAUAGUUUACCGCUGCAAGAAGUGUCGCAGAAUCGUUGCAAGCCAGAGUAACAUAAUACCUCACAUUCCCAAGCAGGUCAAGGUGGAACUCGCCAAGAAGAACAUGAGACCGCCGCCCAGUAAACACACAGGGUUGAACUGUGCAGAAAAUGGACAAUUGUUGAUAGAGAAGUUGAAGAAUCUGGCAUGCCAGAUGAUGGAGAGCAAACUAACAGCCGAUGAUAGUCCAGGGAGGAGCGAGGAGAGUGGACAGGACAGCGACGGGGCAGCUCAUGUAUGGGUGGAAUAUACUGGUGACGAAUAUAUGGAGCAUAACGUAGAUGGCGCCACGUGUCGCCUGGGACCCAACGUCUGUAGACUGAUGUGGUUCGUGGAGCCGAUGUCCUGGAUGAAGGCCACCAGCUCGCCCCAGGGGAGACUCGCCUGUCCACAGUGCGGCGCCAAGAUAGGCAGCUACAGCUGGGUCAUGGGCUGUAAGUGUCCGUGUGGCCAGAAGGUGGCUCCAGCGUUCUACUUGGUGCCGUCCAAGGUGGAGUGGUCUAACAUAGUACAAAAUGUUCAAACAACUGUGUAACUUACAAGUCGGUAUCUUCCAACGCAUUUCCUGUUGCCAUUGUAUUUAAUUUACAGUUGUUUAAUAUUCCAAGAUCCUGUUAUAUACACAUAUAUAAUAGUUUGCUCAGAUUGUUGUCUAAGUACUGUUUGUAGAUUUAGACCCGCUCUGCAGAUUUUGGGGUGUUCCUUACCAGAGUUUGUUGAUGUUUCCGUGUUUUAUAUUUCCGAUGUUGACCUCUCCAUAUCACAUAGUCGGUGCUUCCUAUACUCUGAUAUUAAACAUUUAUGUCUAUGUUACAAAAUGUACAAACAAAUAUACUGUUAUUUAUU